AUGUCCGCCACGCCCUCCACGAUGGAAAUGCUGACAGUGUGCCGCGCCACCACGAAGAUCCACUACGCACUCUGUCGCCGUCCGAAUCAGACCGACAAGGGCGAGAAGUUGGCAAACUGGUUCAAAAACUUCUUCGCCGCGCUCGACAGCGCGUACGACUUCCAGGCAGAGUACAAGUUCAACACCUGGCCGUGCUACACCCUCGGCGCGUUCUACGAGUACGAAAAAGGCAGGCGAGUCAAAGAAUACAAGGCGUCUCCUUUCAAUAUCGUACCCAUUGCCGACACCAUGGCCGCCAAGAAGGCUGGGUACGACUUCGAUUUGAAGAUCGUCGGUAAUGAUCACGGCGACAUAUGGGUCCUCCCAACCGAUGAAAUUGACCUCGGCUGGUGUUACGACCACGCGACUGUCACGAACGCGCCCACAUCGCAGGGCAAAAACGUUGCCACUGAAGGCGCUAAGAAGUUGGGCGGCACGAGGUCCGGAAAUGCGAAGAGUGCCGGAAGUGCCACGAUUGCCGGUGGGUCGGAGACUGCCGGUGGCGAAGAGACAGCCGGUUCGUCGAAGACCACCGGGGCAUCAAAGACUGCCGGUGCAUCCAAGACUACCGGCACGCCGAACAUUUCCGGUCUUCCGGACACUUCCGGCAACACGAACGUGCCCGAGAGUUCCACCACCGGCACGACUCGGAACAGCACGGUCAAGAGGUUUCACGCAAGGAUGUCCAGGACCACUAAAAAACCUGCACCAACCGGGAAGGCGGGUCGUAAGACGAACAAAGACAAGAAGGGCAAGGGUCGGGCUACGGCCCAGCCGACCACCGACAAUGAAGUCGGCGAUGCGGCAGAGGAAGAUAAUGACGAGAGUGAGGAGGAUAUUCCUAUCGAAGACGUUCGCAAAACCCGGAAGAAGGUCGUGACCUUCAAAGACCCCGACACUCCGGCAGCGCCGAACAAGAGGAGGGCCCCAUCCAGAACGCCAGACGAACGGAAGAAGGCGCCGACGACACAGCCCAGGGCCAACACCGGUUCUCCAGAUGCACCCCCGAUCAAGGACGACGAGGACGCCACCACGAAGAAGAAGGUGAAGAGGGUAACUCGGCCGAAACACCCUGGGAACAUUGCGCCCGAACCCAACUUUGAGCCCUUCCCGAACCACAAAGAUCGGAUACCCGUGGGGGUCAUUAAGAAGGACGGGCCGAAUCAGCACCUCCGUUGUGAGCGCUGCAAAGCCGGCGGUACCGACUGCCGGUUCUUCGUCUUCGACGGGACAUACUGCUGUGGCUGCCGAGUCAAGAAGGUGGCCUGCGAAAACUCGCCAAUCGCGCACGGAAAGCUCGCAGCUGCGGCAUACCGGGCGUACCGGGCUGCCGUUCAAUUGGCGAACCCAGCGAGGUAUCCGGAUCCGGUUUUGCUCUCCCGCCUAUUGUUGGGUCUACAGGACUGCGACAUCGUGAACUGGUUUUUUGACUGGUUCUGGGACUUUUACGAGCUGAACGACGAGGAACGCGACAGGAGGAUCGCAAACUCGGCAUACCAUCUCGAGCUCCAUGUGGAGGGGUGGACAACUCCGAUCAAGAGAAUUCCCGGUGAUGUCGAGGUUACCAAGGACUCGGUUGAUUAUCCGAAACCUCGCAGGGAAAGAAAGUCUGGCAGGGGCAACAAGUCUUCUCACACCACAGAGGAGGUCGUCGACACUGACGCGGAGAUGACGGAGGCCGAAGGAGACGACCGUGGCUCUUCCGAACCGCCUGCCAAGAAGAGGUGCGUUAACGGAAGAUCCAAGUCCGUUCCAUCAACGCACUCUCACGUGCGUCCUCCAUCGCCGGCAUUGGAUCCGCGCAACCAGCCGCCUCCGCCACCUGUGGACCCCUUGCGCGACUUCCAGCCUGAAUCACAUGUGGCCUUUCCCACAGUCGAAGCCACUAUGCGCGCGAUGCAAGCCCAGAUGAACGAGAUGGCGCGCGAAAUUGCGAUUCUCAGAGCGGCCAUGAUCCCCAAUCAGUCCGGUAAUGCCUUUGCCGGUGGUCCGUUCAUGUGGCCGGCAAUCCCGAACGUCAACCCGUUCGCCCAGUAUCAGGCUGGGUUUUCCGGCCACGGUGGGGACGAAUACUCACACAACGGCAUGUACUUCAAUCAUCAAGCCCAUGCUGCUGGUCUUUCCGGUGCCAAUCAGCGGGGAGUACCGCAGGCAUAUGGAGGCAUCGCCGACGUCAACCAAUAUGGCAUCCAGAACGGCAUGCAGUCCGCCUCCCCUUCUGGUUCUACCCCCUCUUUGGGUAUGGACUGGGCCGAGAUCCCUGUCGCCGCUAGUGCCGGCAACACCGGUCAGUUCGGUAAUGGUCCGCUCCACGCUCCGGCGGUGUCCGGCAAUGGCACUGGUGGCCUUGUCCCCCCAGUUCCGACCAUCUGGCCCGUGCCGGCACUGACCAUGGACGACGGCCGUCGACACAACACCGCGGGAACGGUUUUACCUCCUGCGGGACCUGUCGGCACCACCCCCAAGGCCGACUCCCCUUCUCCGCCUGCUGUUGCCGUCCCUCUCCCGGUCAAUGAGCUUGGUGCGAGUACAUCGCCAUUUUCCCCAACACCGCCACCGCCGCACGAUACACAGGACGGCAAGACCUCCGAGGCCGACGGUGGCGAGGUCUCGAAGACAGACGCUCCUGCCGCCACUUCUGAGGAGCCUGCGACGGCCCACAUCGAAGACAUGGAAGCCAAGUCCGAUGCCGGGAGCGAUCCUGACGCCGAUGGACAGGACGAGCUGGGCCCCAAUGCCGAAGUGGAGGGUGAGAUUCGUGUCGGUAUUCCGUCGGUAAAGGAAUCGGUAACGUUGUCCCAGGAGGCCGGUGAGGAGCAGGACAUGGACAUCUCCGCUUGA